CUUUUCUUAAUUAAAUCAGCCCGCUUCCUUAUCUGGCGUCCCACAAUUUGCGACUUAUGUUAAGUAUAUGUAUCAGCAAAACUUCACAAAUAUUGUAGAUGUUUCAAUGAUGUCGAAGUGCGCGCACAUUUUAGGCAUCAACCUGCGAUUUGGCUUCAGAACGGACGUGUGCUGUUCGCUUUCAAAGUUCAGCACGGCCUAUAAAAGUAGACAAGACUUUUGUGGGAAGCGAUCAAUGAGUGUACAGACCCAUAGGAAAUGCAAUGUGGUAGUUAUUGGGGGAGGAGCUGUAGGUGCGUCAACUGCAUUUUGGUUGAAAAAACGAGGCAAUAAAGAUCUCAGUGUGAUUGUGCUUGAGCGGGACCCCACGUACAAGGAAGCUUCCACGGUGUUAUCAGUCGGUGGAGUACGCCAGCAAUUUUCCCUAUCUGAGAAUAUUCAAAUGUCCAUUUAUGGCGCCGAAUUCAUAGAAAAUUCGGCUAAAUAUUUCGGUGAUGUGGAUUUGUGUUUUCGCCCACACGGUUACUUGGUGCUGGCCUCAGAGCAGUGUGCUGACAUUUUGCGGCAAAACUCCGAGUUACAAAAUGAGUUAGGGGCUCGCAAUGAACUUUUAACAGCAUCUCAAUUAACGAAGAAAUUUCCCUGGAUUAACGCUGAUGACGUUGCUUUGGGAUGCCAUGGAAUCGAAAAAGAGGGCUGGUUUGAUCCGUGGGCUCUUUUAGGAGGCUUUCGGAAUCGCGCUAAAGAUUAUGGUGCUGGUUUUCUUCACGGCGAAGUGCUCAAUUUUGAUAUACCAAACGGCUCAGAUAAACUCAACUCGGUAAAAGUGCGAGCCAAGAACAAUGAUAUUUGCACUGUUGAUUUCGACAUCUGCGUUUUGGCUGCGGGUGCUCGUUCCGGUGAAAUAGCUCGGCAAGCAAAUAUUGGCACUGGAGCCGGUGAUUUAUCGAUACCGCUGCCUGUUGAGCCACGUAAGCGGUUCGUUUAUGUUUUUACCACACAGGGCGACAACGCACCCGGACCGGGCACACCACUCACCAUCGACCUCGAUGGUACAUAUUUCAGAAGAGAUGGCAUGGGCAGUAAUUAUAUUACAGGACGCAGCCCGUCCAACCAACAAUUCGAGCCGCCAACAAACAGUUUGGACGUUGAUCAUGAAUUUUUCGAAACGGAUAUAUGGCCAACCUUGGCAAAGCGGUGUAGUGCAUUCGAAUCGAUCAAAGUUUGUGGAAGUUGGGCUGGAUACUACGAAUACAAUACCUUCGACGAAAACGGGAUAGUUGGUCCACACACAUACUAUAAAAAUCUCUACAUUGCGACUGGUUUUAGUGGGCAUGGCAUUCAACAAUCGCCGGCAGUGGGGCGAGCCAUUUCAGAGUUGAUACUAGACGGCCGCUUUAAAAGUAUCGAUCUAAGUCGCCUUGGGUUCGAUCGGAUAGCUGCCAAUAGGCGAAUGUGUGAGUCAAAUAUCUAUUAAUUACCUUUAAUAUAUGUAUGUAAAUUUGUGUAUAGGCUUAUAUGGUGGGAACGGUUUAUACGAUCUUGUAAUAUUUUAACCUGAAAUCGUAUGAAUAAAUAAAUCCAAGUAAUCUCUUAGUUUUGCACAA